GGGGCUACGACGGCAGCGACGUGGAGUUCAGCUGGCUGCGCGGCAACGACUCUGUGCGGGGCCUGGAGAACCUGCGGCUGGCGCAGUACACCAUCCAGCGGUACUUCACCCUCGUCACCCGGUCGCAGCAGGAGACAGGAAAUUAUACGCGGCUGGUCUUGCAAUUUGAGCUCCGGAGGAAUGUCCUGUACUUCAUCUUGGAAACCUACGUUCCUUCCACUUUCCUCGUGGUGUUGUCCUGGGUUUCGUUUUGGAUCUCCCUCGAUUCCGUGCCUGCAAGAACCUGCAUCGGAGUGACCACCGUAUUGUCAAUGACCACACUGAUGAUCGGGUCCCGCACUUCCCUUCCCAACACCAAUUGCUUCAUCAAGGCCAUCGACGUGUACCUGGGGAUCUGCUUUAGCUUUGUGUUUGGGGCCCUCCUGGAAUACGCAGUUGCCCACUACAGCUCCUUACAGCAGAUGGCGGCCAAAGACAGGGGGAUGCCGAAGGAAGUGGAAGAAGUCAAUAUUACUAACAUCAUCAACAGCUCCAUCUCCAGCUUUAAACGGAAGAUCAGCUUUGCCACCAUUGAAAUUUCCGGUGAUAACGUCGACUACAGCAACUUGACUAUGAAAACCAGUGACAAGUUCAAGUUUGUCUUCCGAGAUAAGAUGGGAAGGAUUGUUGAUUAUUUCACAAUUCAAAACCCCAGUAAUGUUGACCGAUAUUCCAAACUACUGUUUCCUUUGAUUUUUAUGCUGGCCAAUGUAUUUUACUGGGCAUAUUAUAUGUAUUUUUAAGAGGACAUUAAAAAUUUGCAUGCCAUAGGACUUCAACAGAAGGAAAUAAUGAUAUAAAUGGUAUUCUAAGCCAAGUGUGCACCCUAACCCAAUGGUGCUAAAAAUAACUAAAGUAACAAUUUAACAUUUAUUAUCAAAGAAUGGACCCCCCAACCAUUAUUUAAGCUUGUAGAUGUUCCAGCAUUACAGAGUCUUGUAAUAGAAAUAUCAACCCAUUCCUUUUUUAUCUUUACAAAAGACAUCCCCAUGGAGCCAAGAUUACAAGCAGUACUCAGGGUUGGCUGCCUGCUCAGUGGCUCCCUGGCCUGCAUUUACCUCAUAUAAAAAAUAUGAGAGGGAGGCCAUUCCAUGUACUGAGUAACCCUCAAGUGGCAGGGGUUGUUUCUGAAUUAAUCAUACAUGCCAUUUAUUAAACCUCCGUAGCGCUUAUAAAACGCAUUGUUGCCUAUUUAGGGAGCAACAUUUUCUAGUUUUUUGUUUUUGAUUCAAAUGAAAUGUGGGCCUAAGUCAAUUUACUGAAAGUCACUAUAUUAACGCAACACCAAGAUGAGUUUUUAAUACUGCACUUAAUAUCACAACAGAAUUGUCCCCAAAUUCCAAUAAGUCCUACCACUGAAAAGUCAGAUGUAAGUGAAGAAAAAUUUAGUGGAUCAAUAACCUCACACAUAAACCCCUUGUUUCUAAGAUACAAUGGCUUCCCCAGACUGGAAGGGCUCUGGGGCUUUCUUCCCCAUUUGACAUGUCUUAUCCCUUUAUCAUUAUACACAGGCCAACCCUCCCCAUUGCUGGAGCUCUUCCCCAUAUCAGGGAUGGGAAUGGAGGCUGUUUGGUUUUUGUGUGUUUUUUAGUGAUUCUGGAGUCUUCGUGUGGACUGUUGCCAUGAAGACUUGCAGUGUUGAGUCCAUUUCUAUCUGCUACUCUUUCCCAGCCGCAGACCCCUGCGUCCUUCUAGGAGGAGCUUGCAUCCCCAAGCUCUAAUGACCAGGAAUGAUGCUUAUUCGAUACUGAACUGCAUUUCCCAGAAACACGUGGGUUAGCACUAGCCAGCGUGGCCACGCUCACUUCCCUGAGCCUUCGAGCUGGACGGCAAGAGCAGGAGAACGUUGGCCCUGGGUCCUGAACUUUCUGAGGAGCAGUGGAACUUGUUACAGAACCUUUGUUCAGGCUGCAGGUGAGCCGUCCUUUCCAAGUCCAGCCACUCUCACCCUAAAACAAGAAGCACAGCGCGCAUCUCUUCCUGCUCCGUGGCCAAGUUCAGCCCACAGCAU